ACACUAGCUUGCAAUCGGUGCACGCGCAAAUCGCCGAGUGCGAGCGGGACGGCGCGCAGCCUCACGUGUAGAUUACCCACAACUAUAUCAAAAUACAGCACACAAAAAUAUUGAGCACAAAAAAUCUGGCAAUUCGGAUCCUAGUAACCACGCUCGGCAUUCAUAAUUUUACCUCAGGGUCAAGAGUACGGCUCCGGCGUUUUUUUCUCCCGGCUUUUUUAAAUGUUUAUUUGCCGGGAGCACGUGAAUUUUUUGAGAUUUUUUGGCUGUCAAGCCCGGGACUGUUGCCUUUUGGACGUGUUGUGACGCCUAGUGUUAUCUCGAUUAUGUGAUAUUUUUUAAGUGACACUUUAGAUAGGAACAAACUGUGAUUUAUUAUGGUGAUAUUGGUGAAUUGAGGAGGGCAGGAUAGUGGAGAUAGAAGAACGAAGGAUCUCGACAAAUUCCAUGACACAUACAGCAAAAUAUACCAAGGAAACAAUAAGACAGAAACCGUAUAUUUUUAUAUGACAGUGCCAAAUACAAUUUUAGACAAAUUUAAUAACAAUUAUUUUGAAACUUAGAUAGGAUUUUAAUAAAUAUAAAUCGAGCAAGAUGAUGGAAGGAAGGACGAUCGAUUACCGGACAGACGGCGGUGGGCUUGAUUACCAUAACUCUCCUUUAAUGGCAGAGAUACCUGUAGACAAUUAUUCCCAUAUCCAUAGAAGUAUAGAGCAUUUGAGAUCGAUGGGAGUGGCUCCACAUCUCGAUCCGCAUAGACAUUUAGCAGCGAAUCUGACGGAUUUGAGAAGGUACGAACACCCAGAUGAUAUGCCCGAAAUAAAGCCGUCCGUACUUAGACUAUCCGAAUUCAAGGCUGGUCUCCAAGAAAUAAGGUCGCAUAAUGACCAAGAGAAUGACAUUCAGCGACAAAUGACUCCUCAUGAUGACGGAAAGGGAUACAGCGCGCCAUCGACGCCUUUGUCAGAAAACGGCGGGCAAAGCAUGCAGGAAGAAAAGGUGUUCGGCUCCAAAGCAGACCUGCAGCUGCACACGCAGAUCCACCUGCGCGAGGCGAAGCCCUACCGCUGCACUCAGUGCCCCAAGGCCUUCGCCAACUCCUCCUACCUGGCCCAGCACUCGCGCAUCCACCUCGGCAUCAAACCUUACCGCUGCGAGAUAUGCCAGCGCAAGUUCACCCAGCUCUCCCAUCUCCAGCAGCACAUCCGCACCCACACAGGUGACAAGCCCUACCGAUGCACCCAGAUAGGGUGCACCAAGGCCUUCUCCCAACUCUCAAACCUCCAGAGCCACAGCCGCUGCCACCAAACCGACAAGCCGUUCAAAUGCAACUCCUGCUACAAGUGUUUCACCCACGAGAAGGACCUGCUCGAACACAUUCCUAAGCACAAAGAAUCCAAGCACUUAAAAACCCACAUCUGCCAAUACUGCGGCAAGAGUUACACCCAGGAGACGUACUUAAGUAAACAUAUGAACAAGCACGCGGAGAGGGCUGAUAAAAGGCCGCCGAUUUCUGCGUUAGGACUGAGCGGGCUCAACAGGUCCUUAGCCGCGGCCGCGCCUACCGCCGCGCCGUUCGCAGAUCACCCCUACUGGCCCAAAGUCAGUCCGGACUCCGCGGCACAUAUGUCUGAUGACGGAGGAUAUCAUCAGCAAAGAGAGAACGAUGACCAUCACGAACACCAGCUCCAGCAACAGAGGGCGUUGUUCGCUCAACACGAGAGUCAAGAGGAUCGUAUCCAACCCCCCGUUUCGUCGGCUGCGAAUUCCGCGUUCACACCGAUAAACUCGAUGGCGCCACACCUAAACGGACUCUCCCAUCAUAGCGCGCUUCCUACACGACCUUACCUCUACGACCCGUUGCACUUUCAGCAAGGGAAGCAACAGCCUAACUCAUUCCCUAACCAACUGAUAUCACUUCACCAAAUUCGGAACUACGCACACCAGCCGUCCGCCCUGUUGCCAGCGGAGCACAUCCUUCCCCACUCCCUAUCUCACAAGGACAAGCAGUAACCUCCUUGCCGUUUCCUGUAGGUGCACUUACUUUAGAACUUAUGAUGGUAUUAUUAGUCUAUAAAGAAAAAUAACGAAAAUUAUUAAAAAUGUUUAGAAUCUCGCUCUCCAAGACAGAUUUUGGUGGUAUUAAAAUAUAUGUAUGAAAUACGAAAUUCGUUUAUCAUUUAGUGAUGCGAAGUUCACUUUUUAGACUUAUAUCGAUAUUCUGUAAAAAAUUCUGAAUUUUGUGAGUAAAUGUAAACAAAAUAUAUUGGGUAUGAAAUGUGAUUUCAGAUGUUGUGAGGACAAUUUUUGAAUUUAUCUCUUAUCGAUUAGUUUUCAUUAGAGCACCAGUGACCGCCUAUAGCAGUUUAAUUGUUAUAAUUUAAUUUUACUAAGCAAAUGAAAAGCAAAUAAAAAUGAUGUUAAGUUUGUUUUUCCUUAUUUGUAUUUUGUAAUAGUGUUUUACAGCUGUCUUGAAGAAAACUAAUCUUUAAAUUAAAAUGUCAAAGCAAUAAUAUCAGAAGUUGGCUCUGAAAAUUUAUAAGAAAAAUUAUAAUACAAAUGCAUAAUCAAAAGGCUUUACAGGCAUUUUUAGGCAUAAUAAUACUUCUCUCUAUGAAUUUUAAUUUUUCUGUAAAUUUAAUCACAUUUUAACUCUGAAAAUACUAAAAUAUGUUAAUAAAAUAUUAUUUUAAUUGUAAAAAGAUAUACAGUUUAUUGAUUUUAAGGACACAUUUUAUGAAAAUGAUAAUUUCAACCAUACGAACCAUAGUUGUUUUGAAACAUGAAAUAUGCAGUAUAUAAUGUGUUGAUUGAAAUAUAUUUAAUAGAAAAACAGAGUUCCUGAUUGAUUGAUGAGUUACAAUAUCGAUAGAAUAUAAAAUUCCUCUUGAAAAUUGAUUUUUCUUUAAUCUGUUGCAUUUUAUUGUAUACGUUAAGGAGUAGUAGACAUGACAGAUCUCUAAAACCAUCACAUUUGCACUCAGUUCCUACUUAGAUCGAUUAAAUUCUUAUUAAGCUUUACUUUUUCAUUAUCUAUUAUUCUACGAUCUUAGUUGACGGAUUAGAAAAUGUGGUCUUCCUUCAGAUUUGUAUAUUUAUCGGUACUGGAUUGAGAUGAAGUAAUUAGUGUUACCUAUCUGUUUAAAAGUUAGGGUUAUUUUUAUUAUUCUAUGAGUAAUUUUGGUGUUAAUAUUAGAGGUUGUGAUUGUAUUUCGUAAUUUUGGGCAGCUUUGUAAAUUUUUCAAAUAAUAAAUUUGAAUAUUAUAUAGUUUACAAUAUGUAACAAUGUUUAUAUUUUCAAAUAAAUCUUAAUUAUGAUAACAGCUUAAUUUAAAAUCACUUUUUUACCUUUAUCCUUUUUUUUAUUUAUUUAUGCGUAAAAUUAUACCACAAUCUUGAAGGCUGAAUACAUUUUCAAUUUGUACUUAUUUAUACAAUAACGUCUUAUGUAAUGUAAAAAUAUCGACGGGUGGCCAAAAUCGCUUAUUCUCAUCUAUCGAUAUCGAUAAAAGCGCACUUUUGUAAAUAUUUUGUAAAUACUGAAUACACAUUUUUUGAGAAACCUUGAAAUUUAUUGAAAAUAUUUUUUCUUUUAAGUCUAAAAUGCUUAUGCUCAAUUAUAUUAGACGUAAGAUGUCGUUGGUAAUGGAUACAUUGCAGGUACUCGAAUGGCACUUAAAUUUGUCUAUUUGUUAAAAUUUUGGUGUCAAUGAAGAUCAAAUUGGCAAUACUCCAUACCUCUGUUUCAAGUUUCGGAUUGUACUUAACAGUUGAUAUUUUGUUCAUCGUCAAAUUUUAUCGAUAGCGCAAAUUGGACGAUUGAUUGACAUCACUCAAUCUUAUUAUUUAUUGAAGUUUUUUAGCAAUGUAAUUGCAUUCGCACAAUUAUAUACCUUUGUUUACUUCAAUUUUUGAUAAAGCGUUAAUAUAAAAAAUCAGUUGUCUAAUGAUUGCCGUGUCUACGAUCAACUUUUAUUACGAGUCAAUAUGCAAUCUAAACUGAACUGUUUCACUUUUUCGUAUUACAACCAUCUAAAUUCUAGCCAAAUGAAGACCGAUUUCAUAGGAGUCAUUUUUUAGAGGUAAUCAAUAUUUAAUCAGUUAAAAGAAUUACUUAAUACAAUACAAUAGAAACCGAAAGACCUUUUACACGAAUAAACAUUUUACAAGUGUUUUUCAAUCUUCAAGUGAUCUACCACUGAAUGUAAACUUUUAAAAAAACAGUCAAGUGCUAAUAGAACCUGCCCACGAAGGAUUCCAUACCAAAGAGCAACCGCCGAGUUUCUUGCUGAUUCUUCUCGGUAGGAGUAGGAGGUCGCUAGUAACAUGCAACCUACAUAAUAUUACAGAGAUAUUAGUGCUUGUUUGCGCAAAACGGUAGAUAGAUUCAAAAAUCUUUAUCUAGAUUUUCGAGUAAAAAGGCUUUUUUUAAUUUUUUCAGUACGAAAAAUGACAGUUCAGUUAAGGCACUGAAGCUCAUAAGCUUCAGAAAUAACACGUUCUUAAAAGUUUAUAUUAGACCAAAAACCGACCUAAGUAAUUAGUCUAAUUUUAAAGUAUACGAAAUAUUGUUGAUUUAUUUCUUUUGGAAAAUUGCAUAAUAUUGUGUAGUCUUUAAAAAAUGUGAUAGGAGACGAAGUGCAGGGGAGAGGUGUAUUUUUCGAAAAUCUUUCGUCUAAAAGUUGAUUUGCUAUUGAUCUUUUUUUUAUUAGGUUACGAAUUCUUAGGUUGUGGUUAAUUGUGAUUCAGGACACUGUUCCUUGGGGACUAGUGGUCUAAGAGCAAGUGGACUGUUUUUUCAAAAUGUUCUUACAGGGUCAAAUGCUUAUACAUAUUUUAUAUUAAUAUCAAACAGACACUGUGCAUAUCAAUAACCUAACUGGACGACACUAAUGCCACCACCACCACCACCAUGCAACAAUUCUUUUAAUUACUAUAAUAUUAACGAGCCAAUUACGCAGAAGAUAUGUCACAAAGAGUGUGUACCCUCACUCUCAAGUUCGAAGGGAUGGCAAUUCGACACGACUGGAGACGGAUCAGGCGUCGGACUUUGCGAGGCUCAUGGGUGCGCAACCCCAACUAAGAGCUCCUACUGAGAAUUUCUUGACAGAAUACUAAAAACUUUUUUGGGCCGGACGAAUGUAACAUUGUUUGUGGGACAUUUUAUG